ACUAUCUCCUGAGUGCUGCAAGUUGUAACGGGCACCGCUGAGCCUGUUUCCCUUUGGAGCACUUCUUAUCUAGAAGCUGUGUUUAGUUUCUUCCAAACUGGGCUACUUCGUCCACCUACUCUGUUCUGAGUAAGGAAACAGCCUCCAAGCAUCAGCAGAGCCCAGAUGAGCCCGGGCCGCGGAGCCGCUUAGCAGUCUCCCGGGACCCAGCUCCGGAGGAGCCGCAAGCAUGCACCCUGGGUUGUGGCUGCUCCUGGUUACGUUGUGCCUGACCGAGGAACUGGCAGGAGCGGGAGAGAAGUCUUAUGGAAAGCCAUGUGGGGGCCAAGACUGCAGACGGAGCUGUCAGUGUUUUCCUGAGAAAGGAGCGAGAGGGCGACCUGGACCAAUUGGAAUUCAAGGCCCAACAGGUCCUCAAGGAUUCACUGGCUCUACUGGUUUAUCAGGAUUGAAAGGAGAAAGGGGUUCCCCAGGCCUUCUCGGACCUUAUGGACCAAAAGGAGAUAAGGGUCCCAUGGGAGUUCCUGGCUUUCUUGGCAUCAAUGGGAUUCCGGGCCAUCCUGGACAGCCAGGCCCCAGAGGCCCACCUGGUCUGGAUGGCUGUAAUGGAACUCAAGGAGCUGUUGGAUUUCCAGGCCCUGAUGGCUAUCCUGGGCUUCUCGGACCACCCGGGCUUCCUGGUCAGAAAGGAUCAAAAGGUGACCCUGUCCUUGCUCCAGGUAGUUUCAAAGGAAUGAAGGGGGAUCCUGGGCUGCCUGGACUGGAUGGAAUCACUGGCCCACAAGGAGCACUCGGAUCUCCUGGAGCUGUAGGACCUGCAGGACCACCAGGAUUACAAGGUCCUCCAGGGCCUCCUGGUCCUCUUGGUCCUGAUGGGAAUAUGGGGCUAGGUUUUCAAGGAGAGAAAGGAGUCAAGGGGGAUGUUGGCCUCCCUGGCCCAGCAGGACCUCCACCAUCUACUGGAGAGCUGGAAUUCAUGGGAUUCCCCAAAGGGCAGAAAGGAUCCAAGGGUGAACCAGGGCCUAAGGGUUUUCCAGGCAUAAGUGGCCCUCCAGGCUUCCCGGGCCUUGGAACUACUGGAGAAAAGGGAGAAAAGGGAGAAAAGGGAAUCCCUGGUUUGCCAGGACCUAGGGGUCCCAUGGGUUCAGAAGGAGUCCAUGGCCCUCCAGGGCAACAGGGCAAGAAAGGGACCCUGGGAUUUCCUGGGCUUAAUGGAUUCCAAGGAAUUGAGGGUCAAAAGGGUGACAUUGGCCUGCCAGGCCCAGAUGUUUUCAUCGAUAUAGAUGGUGCUGUGAUCUCAGGUAAUCCUGGAGAUCCUGGUGUACCUGGCCUCCCAGGCCUUAAAGGAGAUGAAGGCAUCCAAGGCCUACGUGGCCCUUCUGGUGCCCCUGGCUUGCCAGCAUUAUCAGGUGUCCCAGGAGCCCUAGGGCCUCAGGGAUUUCCAGGGCUGAAGGGGGACCAAGGAAACCCAGGCCGUACCACAAUUGGAGCAGCUGGCCUCCCUGGCAGAGAUGGUUUGCCAGGCCCACCAGGUCCACCAGGCCCACCUAGUCCAGAAUUUGAGACCGAAACUCUACACAACAAAGAGCCAGGGUUCCCUGGUCUCCGAGGAGAACAAGGUCCAAAAGGAAACCCAGGCCUCAAAGGAAUAAAAGGAGACUCAGGUUUCUGUGCUUGUGACGGUGGUGUUCCCAACACUGGACCACCCGGGGAACCAGGCCCACCUGGUCCACGGGGUCUCAUAGGCCUUCCAGGCCUUAAAGGAGCCAGAGGAGAUCGAGGCUCUGGGGGUGCACAGGGCCCAGCAGGGGCUCCAGGCUUAGUUGGGCCUCUGGGUCCUUCAGGACCCAAAGGAAAGAAGGGGGAACCAAUUCUCAGUACAAUUCAAGGAAUGCCAGGGGAUCGGGGUGAUUCUGGCUCCCAGGGCUUCCAUGGUGUAAUAGGAGAACCAGGCAAGGACGGAGUACCAGGUUUACCAGGUCUGCCAGGCCUUCCGGGUGAUGGUGGACAGGGCUUCCCAGGUGAAAAGGGGUUACCUGGACUUCCUGGUGAAAAAGGCCAUCCUGGUCCACCUGGCCUCCCAGGAAUUGGGUUACCAGGACUUCCUGGACCCCCUGGGCUUCCUGGAGAUAAAGGCAAUGAUGGAUUACCAGGACAACAAGGCCUUCCCGGAUCUAAGGGAAUCACUCUGCCUUGUAUUAUUCCCGGGUCAUAUGGUCCAUCAGGAUUUCCAGGCACUCCCGGAUUCCCAGGCCCUAAAGGGUCCCGAGGCCUCCCUGGGACCCCAGGCCAGCCUGGGUCAAGCGGAACUAAAGGAGAGCCAGGGAGUCCAGGAUUGGUUCAUCUUCCUGAAUUACCAGGAUUUCCUGGACCUCGUGGGGAGAAGGGCUUGCCUGGGUUUCCUGGGCUCCCUGGAAAAGAUGGCUUGCCUGGGAUGAUUGGCAGUCCAGGCUUACCUGGUUCCAAGGGAGCCACUGGUGACAUCUUUGGUGCUGAAAGUGGUGCUCCGGGGGAACAAGGCCUACAAGGAUUAACAGGGGACAAAGGAUUUCUUGGAGACUCUGGCCUUCCGGGACUCAAGGGUGUGCACGGGAAGCCUGGCUUACUAGGCCCCAAAGGUGAGCAGGGCAGCCCUGGGACACCAGGACAGGUGGGACAGCCAGGCACCCCAGGAUCUAGUGGUCCAUAUGGCAUCAAGGGCAAAUCUGGGCUCCCAGGAGCACCAGGCUUCCCAGGCAUCUCAGGACAUCCUGGAAAGAAAGGAACAAGAGGCAAGAAAGGUCCUCCUGGAUCAAUUGUAAAGAAAGGGCUGCCAGGGUUAAAAGGCCUUCCUGGAAAUCCAGGCCUAGUAGGACUGAAAGGAAGCCCAGGCUCUCCAGGGGUCGCUGGGUUGCCAGCCCUCUCUGGAUCCAAGGGAGAGAAGGGGUCUGUUGGAUUCGUAGGUUUUCCAGGAAUACCAGGUCUGCCUGGUAUUCCUGGGACAAGAGGAUUAAAGGGAAUUCCGGGAUCAGCUGGAAAAAUGGGACCAUCUGGACACGCUGGUACUCCUGGUGAAAAGGGAGACAGAGGCAAUCCGGGGCCAGUCGGAAUACCUAGUCCAAGACGUCCAAUGUCAAACCUUUGGCUCAAAGGAGACAAAGGCUCUCAAGGCUCAGCCGGAUCCAGUGGAUUUCCUGGGCCAAGAGGUGACAAAGGAGAGGCUGGUCGACCUGGGCCACCAGGCCUGCCUGGAGCUCCUGGCCUCCCAGGCAUUAUCAAAGGAGUUAGUGGAAAGCCAGGGCCCCCUGGCUUCAUGGGAAUCCGGGGCUUACCUGGCCUGAAGGGGUCCUCUGGGAUCACAGGUUUCCCAGGAAUGCCAGGAGAAAGUGGUUCACAAGGUAUCAGAGGGUCGCCUGGACUCCCAGGAGCAUCUGGUCUCCCAGGCCUGAAAGGAGACAACGGCCAGACAGUUGAAAUUUCCGGUAGCCCAGGACCCAAGGGACAGCCUGGUGAAUCUGGUUUUAAAGGUACAAAAGGAAGAGAUGGACUAAUAGGCAAUAUAGGCUUCCCUGGAAACAAAGGUGAAGAUGGAAAAAUUGGUGUUUCCGGAGAUGUUGGCCUUCCUGGAGCUCCAGGAUUUCCAGGAGUUGCCGGCAUGAGAGGAGAACCAGGACUUCAAGGUUCUUCUGGUCAUCAAGGGGCAAUUGGGCCCCUAGGAUCCCCCGGAUUAAUAGGACCCAAAGGCUUCCCUGGAUUUCCUGGUUUACAUGGACUGAAUGGGCUUCCGGGCACCAAGGGUACCCAUGGCACUCCAGGACCUAGUAUCACCGGUGUGCCCGGGCCUGCUGGUCUCCCUGGACCCAAAGGAGAAAAAGGAUAUCCAGGAAUUGGCAUCGGAGCUCCAGGGAAGCCGGGCCUGAGAGGGCAAAAAGGUGAUCGAGGUUUCCCAGGUCUCCAGGGCCCUGCUGGUCUCCCCGGUGCCCCAGGCAUCUCCUUGCCUUCACUCAUAGCAGGACAGCCUGGUGACCCCGGGCGACCAGGCCUAGAUGGAGAACGAGGCCGCCCAGGCCCCCCUGGACCCCCAGGUCCCCCUGGGCCAUCCUCGAAUCAAGGCGACACCGGAGACCCUGGCUUCCCUGGAAUUCCUGGACCUAAAGGGCCUAAGGGAGACCAAGGAAUUCCAGGUUUUUCUGGCCUCCCUGGAGAGCUAGGACUGAAAGGCAUGAGAGGUGAGCCUGGCUUCAUGGGGACUCCAGGCAAGGUUGGGCCACCUGGAGACCCAGGAUUUCCCGGAAUGAAGGGGAAGGCAGGGCCAAGAGGCUCUUCUGGCCCCCAAGGUGCUCCUGGACAAACACCAACUGCAGAAGCUGUCCAGGUUCCUCCUGGACCCUUGGGUCUACCAGGGAUCGAUGGCAUCCCUGGCCUCACUGGGGACCCUGGGGCUCAAGGCCCUGUAGGCCUACAAGGCUCCAAAGGUUUACCUGGCAUCCCCGGUAAAGAUGGCCCCAGUGGGCUCCCGGGCCCACCUGGGGCUCUUGGUGAUCCUGGUCUGCCUGGACUGCAAGGCCCUCCAGGAUUUGAAGGAGCUCCAGGACAGCAAGGCCCCUUCGGGAUGCCUGGAAUGCCUGGCCAGAGCGUGAGAGUGGGCUACACGUUGGUAAAGCACAGCCAGUCGGAACAGGUGCCCCUGUGUCCCAUCGGGAUGAGCCAGCUGUGGGUGGGGUACAGCUUACUGUUUGUGGAGGGACAAGAGAAAGCCCACAACCAGGACCUGGGCUUUGCUGGCUCCUGUCUGCCCCGCUUCAGCACCAUGCCGUUCAUCUACUGCAACAUCAACGAGGUGUGCCACUAUGCCAGGCGCAAUGAUAAAUCUUACUGGCUCUCCACUACCGCCCCUAUCCCCAUGAUGCCCGUCAGCCAGACCCAGAUUCCCCAGUACAUCAGCCGCUGCUCUGUGUGUGAGGCACCCUCGCAAGCCAUUGCUGUGCACAGCCAGGACAUCACCAUCCCACAGUGCCCCCUGGGCUGGCGCAGCCUCUGGAUUGGGUACUCCUUCCUCAUGCACACUGCCGCUGGUGCUGAGGGUGGAGGCCAGUCCCUGGUCUCACCUGGCUCCUGCCUAGAGGACUUUCGGGCCACUCCUUUCAUCGAGUGCAGUGGCGCCCGAGGCACCUGCCACUACUUUGCAAACAAGUACAGUUUCUGGUUGACCACAGUGGAGGAGAGGCAGCAGUUUGGGGAGUUGCCUGUGUCUGAAACGCUGAAAGCUGGGCAGCUCCACACUCGAGUCAGUCGCUGCCAGGUGUGUAUGAAAAGCCUGUAGGGUGGCACCUGCCACUCUGCCCCUUGCCCUCCCCUGCCCCUCACAACAGUCACCUCACAAACCUGAAUGGUCUGAAGAAGGAAGGCCUGAGCCCCUUUGCCUAUCUGUCAAGUUGUACAUUGGAGUCUCAUUUGGGCUAGACUACUGGACACUCGUCACCCCAGCCCUCGGGUCCACAGAGAUGAGCCCACCCUGCUGAGAUCUGCUGUCCCAUUUCUGUCAAGCUGGUGCUACUGUUUGAUUCGGAUGAUUGUGUGACUAUUCAUGGCUACCUCAGAAAGAUUUGAUGGGCCACCACUGUCUUAGACCCCUAGCUUUCUCCUCAUUGUCUUGAUCGGAAAGCUCUUCCUAAUCAUUAAUCAGUCAUUUCUUCAUGUACAGAGGUCAGCACACAUUAUUUGGCUUAAACCAAAACCCAGUGUUUCCACACUUAAAUUCUCUAACCGAACAUUCAUGGAUGGCUCAAGUCUGCACAGGGCAAGUCCUCACUCUUCAAGGAGGCCCACUGUGUCUAGGCAGGCAAGAGAAUUGAAAUGAGGUGCCACCCAGUAGCCCAGGGUGAGCUUUAGCUCUCUCUAGAAUGAGCAAGACUGGGCCCCAUAUGGCUUAGGGAGGCUUGAAGGCCAGCAGCUGGGUUGGGGGUAGUGGUCAUUAAUGGCAUAUGGUCCUAGACAAACCAUCUCCUCCUUGCCGGCUCCCCCUCCAGCCAGAGACAGAGGACGUGGCCUGGUUCAAAGUAAAGCAGAGGAUGCAACAAAUGUGGCCAAGCCUAUCAAAGGAAAUGAGAAUGACAGCCUUUUUUCCUGGGCCAGGACUAGAGGGGUGGGUGCAUAAGGAUGUGUGAGUUUUGCUUUUGACUCCAGGAACAAAAAGGUAAAUCCCACAUCCCAGUUUCUUAGAAGUCCCUGUUUAUUCCAAAUGCCAUCCAGAUGUGUGCAAUGUGGCAAACUGAAGCUGCACAGUGUUGGUUUCCUUGUAUUCUGAGGAUGUUAAAGACUUUCUGUUAAAUGGUCAUCCAAUUGCUCUUUCACAGGUAGCUUAUUAAACUAUUUUAAUAUUUUUUUUAAACCUCAUAAAAAUCUAGCACACUCUUCUCUUGAGCAGUUAGCAGGCCUAAAGCAAGCCUGAAUUGGCUAUGCAGUACAUUGUAUUCUGUUUGGGGGAAUUUGUUUUAGCCAUUUUCUUUAAUUACCAGUUUUCCAGAACACUCUUAGCUAUGUUGACAUGAGGCAAUUCCUUCCAGGUGAUUCUGUUUCCUUAAGUAUUAUAUAAACUGUGCCAAUACAGACAAAGCAUAAUCAGUAUAAUCUGAAUUAUUGUUAUCUUCACCUCCUGAGUAAUAAGCAUGGUGUCAGUUUUGUACAUAGCAAAUAAAAUAAAUGAAAUCUGAACAUGUGACUCUUCUGAUGUUCUUUUAUGAAAACUUUUCUAAUGUCCAUCUCACUGCAAUUUAUGAGUCCCUCUCAGAGCCUGAGAGGUUUCUGUUACUGCCAAGUCGAACUCUGUAACAAAACACUAAGGCAGGAAAAAAUUAGAAGAUGAUCAAAGUCAAAGGGCUGAAACAGUCCUCUAACAGUCAACAAACCCAUAAGCUGCUUCAAGAUAAGCCUAUGCCUACUUUUAUCCCUGUCACACGCUAGAGUUCAACAUAUCAAAGCAUGAUGUAGGUUGAUAAAAAUAAAUAAAUUUUUUGAAUAAAAAAAGAGUUCAAGAAAGGCAUUUUCAUACUUCUGUGGCCUUAGGAUCAUUUGUAGAUAAAACAAAAGUAGAGAAUGUUAAAGUCAUUAAAAUCAAAUCCAAGCUGUGUAUGUAUGAGUGUGUAUGUGUGUGUGUGUGUGUGCAUAUAUUUAUAUAUGUAUUUUAAAAUACAUCCUCUGAGAGGAUAAACAAUAAAUUAAUACCGUUGGGAAUUUCCAAGGGAGGGAACUGACCUAUCGGAGAGAGAGACAAGUCACUGAAUAUCAUUUUACAACUUUUGAAUUUUGAACCAUUGGAAUAUACUGGGGAAAAAAGAAAAACAUGGAAUCUAAGGAAACAAGCAGAUUGGUUUGGUGCUAGCUUCCAGUUGCUGACCUUCCUCGGGACUUGAUUAAGGAUGGGGGUGAAAUGUAGGCAAGUUAAGGGAGUAAGGAAAGGAAAAUGGGAAGGUAUUGCUGGGGCUUGAGGUUCAUCCUCACAGGAAAGUGGUUAGUAAAGCUAAUUUGAUGAACACAUGCUUUAAAACCUAUUAUGUUGCUAGUCCUCAAAUGGUUUGGAAUUGUAUAUGAUGCACAGAUUAAAUGUGUAAUUCACCACAUGAAUAAUUCUAAAUAUGGCUGUCAACCAAGUAGG